AUGCACUUGGCAUUGACUGAGAACACGUACAAUUCUGCAAUUGUUGAUCAGUCUCCGUUCGAAUCAUCAGAGGUCACCCCCACGAGGAUUGCUGCCUCCAAUUUCAUGGAUGUAGAAUUCUGCUCGCUUCUAGCGAGCCCGGUAUUGCGAUCGCUGAGUCUGUUGACCAUGGAUGGCUCACGUUCGCCACUUCGGACAGACGCUCCAUGGAACCUGGCCACUAGAUUAACUGCCUUCUCGAUCACGUUGGCUUACAAGCUGUCCACCGCAAUCGAAAAUGGAUUCAAAUUCGAAUCACCUUCCGUGCUGCAUUCCUUGAAUAUCGGCAGAUGUAGCUUCACCAAGUGCCUGGUGUUUUUUGAACCUUGUGGGCUUGCCUUGCCCUACGGCCGUUUGAGAGACGCUCGAACCCUCGUAAACAAUGAAAACACCCUUCAAAAUAAAUCUGGGAGCACAACUGGGAGCACGAUGGCUGUCAUUUACCCUUUGAUGUGGUGGCGUCCCUCAUACCGCCCUCAGUGA